AUGGAUUGGCAGGACAUUAUUAUAGAAAGACCUAAAUAUCUCUUCAAGACAGGAAAGAAGGCAAGUUUUACAAGAUCGAGAAAGAAUUCAUUAGCUGAUGAUUCUCUUACACCUGUAGCCUCUCAUAAGCCAAGGAAUAUUGGAUCAGAUUACAACUAAAAGAAAAGAGGCAUGCUGCCUGAUAUAAAUUAAUAAGAUGGGAAAUCCAAGAAAUUUCUUGAUAAUUAUGAUGGAAUGACCUAAUCUUUCGAUGGUUCAAAUGAAAAGACAAAGCACUCUAAAAUGAAGCUGAGUGAUCUGCAAUCAAAUUAAAAUCAUAGGUUCAUUGCUGAUCGAAAUGCUAGAAAGAAGUAAUUUAGCACAGUUCUCAAUUCCCCUUCACAAUCUAAUGUAAGAUCUAGCAAUAAUAAUAAAGAAGAUGAUGUUCUUUUAAAAGAAGGGGAAAGAGACUAACCUAAUUUGAAUUUCAGUAAAAAUCAUAACAAAAAUUCAAGCCUUAAUCAGCAUAAUGGAUUUAGAAGUUCUUUUCAUUCAGGCUUUAACUCUUCAAUUGCAUCAUAAUCCCAGACACUACUAAAGAGUCUGGACAAAGAGUAUGAUCAAAGCUUGAUAGGUCCAGGAAGUUAUGAAGGUGCCCAUUGGUCUACUUUUGAGAUGAUUGCUUAGAAAAAAGAUAGCAAGAUUCACAAGAAUAAGCCAUGCUUUACAUUUGGCACUGCAAAGAAAGCAAACGAAAAAUAAUUUUUAAGUCGAGAGUAAUGGCGAUAAGAAAAUCUACUGGCUUAAAGUCCUCCAGUUGGAUUAUACGAUCCUGAUAUUUCGAAAGUUAAGAGAAAUGCAGUUCCUGAUAUAUCUAUAAGUGAAAAUACUAAGCGAUUUGAUGAGUACAGUUUCAAAAAGAAGGUUGAGAAUUCAUCACCUCUUUAGUCAACUAUUGGAAAUGGCAAAAGACUGGGAUUCCCAAAUUAAAGACAUCAACAUGAUAUUGUGCCCUCUCCCGAUAAAUACAAUCAUAAAACCGUAUUUGAAUUAAACUAAAACGUAGGCUAUUUGAUUGACAAACCUAGAGAAAAAUUCCUCGAGAAAGUAGAAAGUUCAAAAAAACUGGGAGAGAUUAGUACAAUAUCAUAAAGACAAAUGGAAGAAUCAACAAGAGGACCAGGCUUAUAUCCUGUACACAAGAUUGAAAAAGGGCUCUUAUCUCAAAGUCAAUCACUAAGGGUCUUUUCUUUUGAUAAAGCUGAGAGGGAUUUUAAAUACUAAAAACUUGAAGAUAAGAUGUUUAGCGUGGGACCAGGUUAAUAUUUUGAAUAAUAAACUACUUAAUAAAAUUGGAGUAAGAAUGGUUUCCCACCUAGCAAAGGAGACUUCCCAUAGCAACCUAAAGAGUUUGAUAUAAGGAAGUUUGAACAAAGAAUGCAGAUUGAAAGACUAAGAAAUCAAAGGUCUUAUAUUUGA